AUGGAAGAAAGGUCAGAGGAUUUAAUGAUUAAAAGUAAAGAGCUUUGUAAUAUAUUUUUGAAGUCUUUAAAGAAUGAUCAAGGGAGCGUAAAAUAUUUGAAUGAAUGUAAGAAUGUAGAUAUAUCUGAAUUUUAUGUUGUAUUUAAUCUAGUAUUUUCGAAUAUAAUUACUAAUGAUAAUAAUAUGGUUAUAUAUAAAGAUCAUUUAUUAUUUUUAUCAUUUUGUUAUAUGAAUAAAUUAAUUGAAAAAUAUUAUAAUAUAUAUUCAAAUGAUGAGAAGAUAAAUAUAAGAAAUAGUUUUAUAAAUAUAUUAUUUUCUUUGCCUAUAAAUUACAAUCACAUAUUAGAUACUGAUAUAUUAAAUUUAAAAAUAAAAUCGAAUGAAAUGUUUAAAACAAAAUUAAUUAAUGAGUUUUUGAAUGAACAAACAUGUUUAAUGAAUUCUUUUUUUAAUAAAAAUGAUAUAUAUAUGAUAAGUACAUAUAUGAAUUCAACAAGAAAUAAAAUAUCUCAAAUAUUAAGUAUUAUAUGUUUGCAUAAUGAACAUAUAUAUUUUAGAUAUUUAUUAAAUUUUCUUAUUUUUUUUAUUUGUGAAUAUAUAAAUAGAAUAAUAUUAUGUAAAUCUGAAUACAACAAUGGAACUAUUAAUGAGAAUAAUAAUGUGUUUAUAUCAGAUGGUUUACAAAAUAAAAGUUUAAAAGAUGAAAAGAGUGAUACCAUCCAUAAUAAUAAUAUGAAUAAUAUGAAUAAUAUGAAUAAUAACCUAAAUAAUAUUGAUGAUGAGAAUUAUUAUUUUAAUUGUGUUUUACAUAUAUGUAUAAAUUUUUUAAAAGAAAUUUUUUAUAAUAUCAGCAAUGAAAAUUAUUCAAAUAUGUUAAAUAAACAACAAUUAAAUAUGUUUCGAACUAUAAUUAUUACAGAUAUAAAUAUAAUAUUUCAUUUAAUUUCUCUUGUUUUUUAUUAUUGUUUAUGUUAUAACAAAAAAAAUGAAUUUUCUUUAUUAAUUGAAAGUAUAAAAGAAUUGUCUUUUUUUUUUCCAGCUCAUAUAUUUUUUAAUGAAGCAAAUUCUCCUAUAAAAUUUUUACUUAAUAUUUUAAUUUUAUGUUUUAAAAAAAACAAAUCAAAUAUUAAUCAUUUAAAUCAAAAUAAUAAUUCUAUUCGUACACAUAUCCCACUCAACCAUUUUGAAAUAUUAUAUAAAAAUUAUUUAUCAUCAAACGAUUCAAAUAUAACACAUGUAUUGACACAUUUUCUAGAAGAUGUAGAUGUAGAAGAAAUAUUAUUAAUUAUAUUUUUAAAUAUUAUUGAAUAUAUAUCUAAAAUUAAUAAUAAAACAUUUUUUCAAUUAAAUGAAGAUGAAUUCAUGUUAUUUUUAGAUACUUAUUUUAAUAUUAAUUUAAAUUUUCAUGAUAUAGAACAUUAUACAUUUCAAAAGAUAUAUAUAAAAAUGAUUAUGAAUUUAUCUUGUAUUCCUAUAUCAAAUUAUUUACAUAAAAAAGAAAAUAAAUUUAAAUGUUUACAUAUAUUUAUUAUUAAUAUAUUUAAAAAUAUUAAUCAUCCUAAUACGAAAAUAUUAAUCAAUAUAUUAACUAUAUGUAAAAAUAUAUUUGAUCAUAAUAAGGAUUUAAUUUAUAUUAAUAAUAAAUAUAAUAUAGAAGAAAGUAAAUUAUAUAACAUAUAUAAAACUGAUAGAGAACAUUUGUUCAAUCACAAUAAUCAAAAAGAUUAUCAUAAUAACCAGUUGAUAAUAUCUUGUGAUGAUUUAAAAAAAUUGUUUAUUUUGAUGUUUAUAAGAUUUAUAAAAAUACCUAUAUAUGAUGAUUAUAUGAAUGACAAUAUGAGUGACAAUAUGAAUAAUAAUAAACCUUAUGGUGGUUCUAAAAAUAACAAGAAUGAACAAAAAUUUUUUAAAAUAUCUAAUGAAGGAGAACAAUCAGAAUCAAUAAUAUCAUGCACCAAUGCUUGUAUGAAUAAAAAAUUAAUGAUUGAUUUUAUUAAUAAUUAUAUAACUGAAUAUAAUGAAGAUUGGUUUUAUAUUUAUUAUAAAAAUAUGAAAGAAGAAUGUGAAGAAAAUGAUACAAAUAAUAUAAAUGAUUAUGAUGAAAAUGAAAAUAUUUUAAAACAAAAAAUAUUUAAUUUUAUUAAAGUAUUGUUAGGAUAUAAUCAUGAGAUAUAUCAUAUUAUGAUUGAUGUGUUUGAUGAAUUCUUUAUAUAUUAUAAUACAAUCAUUAAUGUAAAUAAUUUAUGUAAUGAAACAUUGAAGGUACAAGAUUAUUUUAUAUAUGUUUUAUUAAGAGCAUAUUAUCAAUUAUUAUCAUUCUUUAUAAAUACAUUAAAAGAAUUAAAAAAUAUUGUAACAAAUGGAGAUAAACAAAUAAAUGAAAAUAUUUUUUCUUAUCAAAUGACUUGUACAGGUGAAAGAGAAAAAGAGCUUAAAGAGGCUUUUAUUCAAAAUAAAAUUAAUAUGAAAAAUAAUCUAGAAGAAAAAAUAAUACAAAUGAAUAAUAAUAACAUUGAACUUGAAAAUAAUCAUAAUAAUAAUAAUAGUGGUAAUCUUUCAAAUAUGUCUUGUAAUACUUAUAAUUUAGAUAUGCUAAAAAGAGAAAAGGAAAAUAUUGAAUUAGAAAUAUUUAUUAUAAAAUGUAUAGAAAAAUAUCAAGGUUCACCUUAUUACGAAAUUAAUAAUAAAUGUAUUAAUAAGUUAUUAAAUUUUUUUAAAAUAAUAUUACAAAAAGAUUUUAUGGAAUUUAAUAAAAUAUCAACAAAUUUUGUUCUGUUUGAAAUUAAAAGAUUACAACAUAUUUCUGAAUGUACUUAUAUUUUAAAUUAUAAUAAAGAUUAUGCAUAUUUUAUUAUGGAUAAUUUAAUGAAAACAAUAAUUGAAAAUACAAUAGAUAUAUCUUUUGAAUUAAAAAAAAAUUAUCUAGCUAUUUUUACAUCUAUAAUAAUGAACUUAGAAAGCUUUUUAUCAAAUGAUAUUAUAGAAAAAAUUUUGAAAACAUUUUUAGAUUAUAAAAAAUCAACAAACAUAUUUAAAUAUAAUAAAGAAUUUAGUAUAUUUCUUUUAACACUUAUAUCUGUUUUAAAAGUAGAUAAUAUAAAUCAAAAAGUUCCAUAUAUUAAAUUAGUUUUAGAAGAUACAUAUGAAUUUUUUACACAUUUUAAUAAAAAUAUAAAUACAUUUCAAAAGUUGUAUGACCUUUUUUAUGUACAACAUGGAAAUGAUACAAUGUUACAAGUAGGAUCCUUUGAUUCUAUUCAUAAAAAAGAAGACAUGCUACAUUCAUUAUUUGAUGCAUGUAAAAUUGUUCACGCGUCAUUUUCUUUAUUUUCAUAUGAAAAAAAUGAUAUAUCUUUUAAGAGUAAAUUACAAAAAAGAAUAUUAAAUCAAACGGUAAAUAAUAGCACUAAUGAUAAUAUGAACAGUAAUAAUAUGAACAGUAAUAAUAAUAAUAGUAGUAGUAAUAAAUUAGGAACACAUGUCAAUUUUGGAGAUGAAAAUAUGUAUUAUAAUUUAAUGAAUGAUAAUAAUACAUUAAUAAAUGAUAACGAAUUUUUACAUUUAUUUAUAAACCUUUUCGAAAAUGUUUUAAUGAUAUAUUCAAUAUUUAAUGAUAUGAUAAGAACUAAUUAUUCUUUUGAAAAAUAUCCAAAAAUGUGUGUAGAAGUUAAUUAUUUUCACCUGACCGGUCAGGAAAAAGAUAUUGUGUGCAUGUACAACAUGAACAAAAAGAGAAACAGUAUUGAUAAUAUGGAACAUAUGAAAAAUAUGAAAGAUAUAAACAGUUUGAAUUAUAAUGAUAAUAUGAAUAAUAUGUCUGGUAAUAACGAAUUGUUAUAUAUGAAAAAUAAUGUUUGUAUAGAAGGAAAAAAAUGUAAUUAUUAUACGAUAAAAUUAUUACAUGAAAAUAUAUGUAAUAUAAUUAAAAAGUUUAUAAAAGAAAGUUAUUUCUUUAUAUAUAAUGAUUUAACAAAUAUUUUUAAUAAUAUAUUAUGUAAUAGUUUAAUAUAUAUUCCAUAUGAUUAUAUUAAUAAUAAUAUAUUAUUAGUUUAUGUUUCUUUAAGUGAAAAAUUAAAAUAUUUAAUAAAUAAUAAAUUAAUCAAUCAAUUAAUUAUACAAUGGUUUUUUAAAAUUUUUUCCGUAUUUUUAGAAAAACAUUUUCAUUAUUUUAGAGAAGAAUAUGAACAUAUAAAAAAAGUAAACUCAGAAUUAAAUUCAGAAAUAUGCAUGAAAGAAGAUGAUUAUAGUAUGUAUUAUGAUAUGUUAUAUAAAAAUAAAAAUUAUAUUCUAAAUUAUUUAAAAAUAUGUAAAAAUAUAUUUGUUGUACCAAAUGAAUAUAAAAAUAAUCAAGAACAUAAAAUGUUUUUUCAAUAUAUAUAUAAUGAUGAAAAAACUGUUCUUUUAAAUUCUCUUCUUUCAACUAUAGAAUAUUUAUUAAAUAGUUAUGAUUGUGAUAUUACUAAAAAAUGUUUAAACUUUCUUGUAGAUUCAUCCGAAUCUGUUACUUUUUUAACUUUUAAUUCAUCACAUUUUUACUUUUUUCUACAAAUUAUUAAAGUACUCUUGAAAACAUUCUUUUUAUAUAACCCAAUCAUAUUAACACUAAGACAAAAAAAAGAAGAAAAUCAAAUUAGUAAUAUAAUUCUUAAUGAAUAUACAGAAGAAAAAAUACAAGUCUAUAUAGGAGAAAUGAACUUAUUUAUGAAAAAUGAUCCAUUAGAAGCAAAUUCUUUUCUAAAUGUUUUUACUAAUGCAAUUAUCAAAAUAAGCAAACAUUAUUUCUUUUUACAAAAAAAAAUUUAUAAUAUUCCAGAAAAUGUUUCUACCAACGAUUUAUUAAAUAUUGAUAGUGUUAAACAUUUCUUAUUAUUAUUUGAAAACAUAGAAAAUUCAAGCACAUUCAAUUUCCAUACCAUUCUAUCAGACUUGUUGCAACAAAAUAAUUCACAGUAUUUUAAAAAUUUAUUGAUUCAGUAUAGAUUACACAAAACGUAA